UUUUCCUCUCGUCUCUCCUGCCCAUGAAACGAUGCACUCAUGAAGGGAAAGAGGGAAAGAAGCAUUGAGAUUCCCUCAUUUUCGUUCUUUCACAAUCUCCAUCCAUCCCAUCAUUACUCUCUCUCUCUCUCUAAAUUUGAACUUUGAGUCUGACCCUCUCUCUCUCUCUCUCUCUCCACCUCUUUCUCUCUGUACGGUGCCUGUGCCUGGCAGUAGAGUAGAGAGCUUGAACUCCUUAAGAGCCAGAGCUCUGGGCAGCAAGCAAUGGCACCGCCCAGCGCCUGCCGAGCUCCGCGCCGAACUUCUUCUUCCAACAACUCCUGUCGAGCCCAUAAACAGCAUCAACAUUGACGUUGGCGAAUUACUAAAGCUUAUUCAGAACCCAGAAAUAUGAAGACACAGGUGCCGAUGAAAGCGAGAGGACCGAGCAGGGCCAGCAAUCAACAGGUCAUGCUGGAACUCAAACAGAAGGUUGUUUUUGCUCUAAAUAAGCUCGCGGAUAGGGACACGUACAAGAUAGGGGUUGAAGAACUUGAUAAAAUAGCUGAGCGCAUGACCCCGGAAGCAAUUGCCUCUUUCCUGUCCUGCAUCCUGGACACGGACUCGGAACAAAAGAGUGCUGUUAGGAAGGAGUGCAUUAGACUCAUGGGCACGUUAGCGCGACUGCACGAGGGUCUUAUUGGACCGUACAUCGGGAAGAUAGUGUCUAGUAUCGUUAAGCGACUCAAGGACCCCGACUCGGUUGUGAGGGAUGCGUGUGUAGAGACAAUGGGCACCCUGGCCUUAAAAUUGGUUGGUCAUAUUGGACAGGGGGAUGGAGUUUUUGUUAUGCUGGUGAGGCCGCUUUUUGAAGCUUUGGGCGAACAAAAUAAGCAGGUCCAGUCUGGUGCAGGUUUGUGCUUGGCCAGGGUUAUCGACAAUACCCACGAUCCUCCGACAUCCCUUUUGCAGCGGAUGCUGGCUCGAACAGUGAAGCUGCUUAAGAAUCCGCACUUCAUGGCCAAACCAGCAGUUAUUGAGUUGAACAGAAGUAUUAUCCAGGCAGGCGGUGCAACAGCACAAAAUGUUUUAACAGCAGCAAUUACUAGCAUCCAAGAAGCAUUGAAAAGCACUGACUGGGCUACACGCAAAGCCGCUUCUGUAGCAUUAGGAGAAAUUGCAUUAUCUAGUGGACCUUUCCUGGGAUCUUUCAGGGCAUCCUGCAUCCGCUGCCUUGAACUAUGCCGAUUCGAUAAGGUAAAACCAGUUAGGGACUCUGUAGCACAGGCAUUACAUUGCUGGAGAAGUCUUCCAGGGCCCACUACUCCAGAUCCUUCAGAAGCUGGAUCAUCCAUCAAAGAUAGCUUCUUUGGAGGGGAGUACAGUGAUGUCACUAAUGCCAUUGAAUCUAGAGACAGGGAACCUGCUUUUAAGAAAGUUUUUAUAGAUUCCACCAAGAAGAAAGUUCCUCGGACAGUUUCGAAAAUUCGUCAAAAUUACACUGAGAACUCUCAACACAACAAACCAGAAGAACGGCAUAUUGAAAUUGCUGUUCCCAAUUCCAAAAAUAUAUCAUCUGUUGAUUUCACCAAUGAAGAAUCAGACGGUAGUUGUGUCAGUAAGUCUGCAGAGAGAUUAACUGUCCCCAGUGUCAAGAGCAAGCGAUACGUGAUAUAUGAAUCUCCAUUGAUAGAUGAGAAACAGGAAUGUGGAUCAGUGACCAAUAUUGCUGCUGGUAACUUGGAGACUAAGUCAGUGAGAGCUUCUCAAGAGUGUUUGGAGGAUGGUAGUUUGCUUAGGUCAGUGACAAGUGACCUGCAGUUUGUAGAUGAAGAGAUUAGUAGUGUGAGACAUAGUUUCAUGGAAAAGAUUCAGGAUCGCCGGAGUCUUGAUUCCACUGUGACAGAGUCAAGUUAUCAUACCCAGCGUGACUGCUGUGUACAAAUGGCAAAUGAGAUGGCUUGUAUUCGUAAACAGCUCUCAGAGAUUGAGAACAAGCAAUCCAAUUUAAUGGACCUUUUGCAGGUGUUCACAAAAUCCUCUGCAGAAAGUUUGUCUGUGAUCAAAUCGAAGGUGCUAGCUUUAGAGCAGGCAGUAUGUAGGAUAAAUCGAGAUUUCAUGCAUGGAGACGGAGAUCCUUAUACAGCAAGACAUGUAGCUAUGAAGAACAAUGGAAGUAAUAAUCACCUGAAGCUCUCUACAUGUACCCCAAGGCCAUCAGUUGAAAUACACAGCAGACACUCUACAGUUAGGAAAAAGGCUGAGGUUUGGGAGGAUAAAGCACUUGCAGGGAGCAGAUUGAGCAACUCAUCUAAGCAGGAUAUAGAUAUGUGGGCUAGUCCUGCUAAGUCGAAUAGAACUCAAACUGGGCGAGUUGUCCCAAAAUGCAGUGGGCAAGGACCACGGGCAGUUGAUAAUAUGAAUGGAGAAACAAAUGCUGCCCUAACCUCACAAUUUAGCCCAAUUGGUAGAAAAACUGUUCCUUACAAUAAGAACAGCUUGUGGAACAGGGUGAAAGACUUUCUAUGUGAAGGAGACGUAGACUCUGCUUAUAUGGAGGCCCUUCUUUCUGGAAAUGAACAGGUUUUGGUUGAGCUACUUAAUGGAACUGGCCCUGUCCUGGAAAGUUUAUCGCAGAAGACAGCGAGCGAGGUCCUUAUUGUCUUGGUUUCAUUCUUCAUAGAACAAAGAUAUGUAAAACCAAUUAUGCUGUGGUUGCAGCAGGUGGUGGAUCUGAGCUCUCUCCAUGGGCCAAACUAUUUUCUUCUCCCCAUGGAAGUGAAACAAGAAUUGAUAUCAGCAGUUCAGGAGGCUGUCAACAUGGACUUUUCUUCCUCAAUGGAAAGGAGAUCCGUCCUUCAAAUAGCUGCAAAGCUUCAACAAAUCUGGGGGAAAUGCUCGUGAAAUCAUCCUGGUGGAGCGGCAGGGGGUUUCUGUUCCACGUUUAGAUUGUUUCUCAGGUGUCUAGACAAGAAGACUCUACGUGUGGCAAAGCUUCGACUUACCAUAUUUCGCAGUUUAGUGCUUGUAUUUCAGUUUGUAUUAUGGGAGUCUAUCAUAAAACACACUUUGCUCCUUUUCUUUUUCUUUUUUCAACAGUUCUCUUCGGUCAUUUUCAACCAUAAAGUAGGAACUGACGGGCUGAACAUUUGAUACCACCGGUAAUCGUAUGAUCCAACCCUACUAAUCACAUCACUUUCUUGCGAGAACUGAGAACUCCUUGUGAAUCUUCUGCUACGGGAUUUCGACUCA